GCCACUGGCUGCUCACAGUCUCCGUUUGAAAGGAAACAAGAGGCUUGAGCAGUGAGUUCUGUUCCCAGAGAGGGGAGAGACCAGCUGAGGGGCUGCACCCAUUAAACUCAUUGCAAAGGCACCCAGUUCUGCAGGAGAACCCCCUCUUUCCCCGCUGUGCAUUAUCUUGGGGUACGGUGCUGGAUAAGAAGAACAGGAUAUACAGUCCUAUGACUGUGCCAUUCAAAUCAGAUCAAACAACAGAACAGAUCUUCAGCUGCAACUACAACUCCCAGCAUCCCCUGAGAGCAAAAGAAGAAAGACUGUAGCAGAGGCAUCAAUUCAUUGGCUAUGUGAUGAAAACAACUGCUUUUAUAUCUUAACAGUGGUCCAGUUGGGUUGCCAUACAACAGUUGAAGAUUUUGUCGCUAUGGAUCAUGUACCCAAUGUGACAUCGACCCCCGUGGCAGACAGAGAACAUUCUUUCUUCAACGACUGCAAACUGCUACAGAUUAAACUCUUUGGAAACUGUUCUGAAAGGGACUCCUUCGAUUUGCAGAACACAAGUAUCAGCCAUGAUGGUUCGUUCACGAGUGGCUUUUUCUCGCCAUGUCGGCACAGUCCUCGCCUACUUUCCAAUGGAUAUUAUGUGCUUGAUGAAGACAGCAUUGUGUAUGAUGAUGAGGGAAACAUCUCCUUAGAACCCACCAAGUCUAUUGUGUCAUAUAAGGAAACUCUUGCAAGAGUAUUUCGAAGAAAACGCAGACAUAUACCUCAAAGGAGCCUCGAUGUGAUGGAUGAUAUAAAGCAAGCGGGGUCUUUUCUUCUGGGUGAGCUCUGGGAUGUAGAGCUUGAUCUCUCUGAAGACAACUCCAGGCAAAGUUCAGAUCAAUGUGCCUUCCUAUAUGAUGUGAGAAACUGGACUCCAACAAAGCUGUAUUCUGACCAAUCGCAAUAUUGCCCUGAUGCAUCAGUGGAUUUAAUGCUCCUACAGUCAUCAGGCUAUGAAUGUUCCGCCCCAGCCACUGGAUGGAGCAAUGGCAAAAGGUGGAUGAAUCGACUGAUCUUGUUUUCUGUAAUCAUCGUCAUCCUUAUAUUGUGGGCCAGGUUUGGGUUGUACGAAGUGAUCUCUGCUCUGCUGACUGCUCUUCUGCUGAUCUGCUUGUUCUCUCUUCUCUCACAACCACCACAAUCCUUUCUCCGGGCUCGAACUUUCAACAAGAAGGUCACCUGAAACUCAACCUCCCAAAGAUCCAUUCCAGCUGGGAUCCAUGAUGAACUGAGAGGCCAACAUCAGCCUUAAUGUCUCCUCUCUACGUGGGUUUUAUGCGUGAAACCAUUUCCAUAAAGUUUAGUUAUUGCACCACGA